CGGAUCCAUCUUACACCAGCGGUACGCGCCAACGGCGACCUUUCAUAAGCAUGCGUCUCAGAAUUACUGUGCAACGGCAUGGCCUACCGGCGACCAGUAUCCUCUGGAGAGUCCCAGAACAUCCCAAUCCAGAGUACUAUACCAUCGCCGGAUUACUCGAGGACCUCAACCAUGUCAUUCCACUUGAGGCACCGGAUUGGGGUUUGGAUGACUAUGUAGUGCUGGUGGGAGGCUUUGAGUGUGUUCACUUUGACUCGGUCCGCCUUCUCCUCAAGGAUGAGGACGAGCUCCUGAUACGUGCACUAUCCACCAACGAUAUUCGCGCCCGAAGACUCAGCGGUCGUUAUCAAAUAUCAGAGAGCGGGCAGCAUCUCGUCGAUGGCAUUCCUUUUGGGCGGCCCUUGCUGAGAUGGCCACGGCGACCCCAGAUUCAGAUACCACCUCGGAAGCGGCCACGGAUGCUCGAUGACCCUGAAGACGUUGGAGUAAGCCUAUCGACAGAGGCAGAUAAUCGCGAUGAAGAACAUGAUCUAUCUGCGCGUUUGAUCACAUCGAACGGCGGCCCACACAUGAUGAAUGCUUCGCGUUCAAGCAGUGAGGAUGGGAAAGCAGAUAACUGUCAGAUAACGCUGUCCACGCGAACGAGGAGGAAUCACAAGUCAGUGCAAUUUGGCGAACUGCCCGAAGCCGAGAUAGACAGCGAUGAAGACGAUGACGAGGAUUUUGAAGUUGACAACGAGGAUUCAAGCUCAGAUGAGGACGAUUCGGACGACAUCUCAUCUGGAGAGAGUUCGCCUACUUCCUCGGAGGCAUCAGUAUCAUCAUCUUCAGAUGAGGAGACAGAGUCCGAUUCUGAUACUCAUGGUGCUGAGAGCGGUGACGAGAGCGAGAGCAGCGAAAGUGCGGGGCCUGAUAUAUUGUCCUCCAAACCUGCGGCCGCCCGCGUAAGCGCACCAGGGCAUGGACAGAAACACACAAAGUAUCGCAAUCGUAGGCGUCAGGAUUCCAAGAAACUGAAACAGCUCAAGGCGUCUGGGAAGCUCCAUCCUGAUGCAACAUUAGAGGAUUUUCGCAAUUAUGUGAAAAAGUCCAAUAUUGGGAGCGAACAGCAAGAUGCUGGAACUGCUAGGAUGACUGACACAGUCCAAGGCACAGCAGGGGCAAUUGGUGAGACGACAUCUCUCACAACUUCAAACGUUAGGAAGAGGAAGCACUCAGAAAAGGCACCAAUCUCUGAAGGCACGACUGACACGGUGCGCUCUGAUAUCCAUUCAGACCUGGAGAAACGAAAGAGAGAACUCCUUGACCAACUCGAGCAAGUGGCCUCCCCCAUGGAAUCGUCCCCUGCAGAGUCGGCACGAAAACGGCUUAAGCCAAACGUAGCAGCCAUCGGAAGAAUCCUGGGGCGACAAACAAGACCACUCAAUAAACGUUCGAGGGCAGACGUUCCUGUCACAUUUGAAGAAUCACCAACCCCUGUUGACCCAGACUUCUACAAGUCAAGAAUCAAUGUCUCAGCCUUUGAGACCUAUCAUAGCGGUUACAGUCUUGGCCCCCCGCCUUUUCCCUUCAAGCAACAUUGGGAUCCUGCUUGCGAAACCAUGCAGUCAAUUGAUCGAGCGGACAGAAAGAAGAACGGGAAGAAGACCAAAUAUCAGAAUUCUUCGUACACUGCGGCUCAUUCUGCCCCGGAAUCCGCCCUCAGUACCUCCGAGAAUGUGGACGGCGCGGUCCUUGACUAUGGCGAAGCUUCUAGCCUAGACAUGGAUACAGGCACUGCUAUUGAGGACCAGAUUCGCCUGGACGUAGCAACUGCCACGACGCAGAAGGCCGACCUGCCAGCUCUUCCGGAUCAACCGGAAACAUUACCUGAGUUGUCCCCGGGCGAUGUCAAACCAGGCGCCAUUAUAAUCUUCAAGUACUUGGCCUUUGACCAGGCGAACCCAAUGCCCGAGCUAAGCGACUUCGUAACGGGCAGGAUAGAGCAGGCUGAGCCUGAUCAUCCAAUACACAUCAAGCUCGCGAAUCGCGACCGAACCAAGCUGUACAAGGAGGGGAAGAUCGACAAGGAUGGGAACCCUACUUUCGGGGGUGUCGAGAUCUCUAUAAGUGACGAGGAGGUGGUCCUGUUCAUGGAGUUUCCAUUUCUCCAUGAGGCCCGGCUCCUGGUUGCGCCGAGCGAUUGAGUUCUAGAUUUCUCGAACAGGCCCAGCGCUGGUUCGAGCUAUUACCCGCUUAGGCUUUCGAUGACGGACAUUCAAUGACCGACUAGCGUUAUACAUCACCAGUCUUGGAAGGGCACUGUUAUACCUUGUGUGUCAGGUCGGAGAAUAUGAUAACAUUAUAUGUAUAUGAAUAAUAAAAGCCAUUGAGCGGCCCGUGGC